AUGAAGGAUGAUCGCGAAUGGAUUGCGUUUCAACAGCGCAAGGUGUUUAGUGAGCAAAAGCAAAUCAAAGAGUACCUCAGUGCUUUGAACGACCGCGACAAGGUCGACGUUCUCGUUGUCGGUGCGGGCCCCGCAGGUCUGGCGAUCGCAGCGGAGACGGCGAAGAAGGGUCUUUCUGUUGGUCUCGUCGCACCAGACACCCCGUUCGUGAACAACUACGGAGUAUGGCUCGACGAGUUCAAAGAUCUAGGGCUCGAACACUGCUUGCUUCAUAAGUAUGACGACGCAUUGGUUUGGUUCGAUGAUUCUGAUCCUGCGAGUGGAACUGAACUCGGUCGACCUUACGGUCAAGUGUGCCGCAGGCGUCUUCGCGACCAUUUGUUGAAGGAGUGCGCGGCGGCUGGCGUCAAGUAUUUACCAGGCCUGGUAGAUUUUGUGCGUCACGGUGACGUCGAAAAGAACGAGUUAGCCGAAGCAAACAGAGGCCAGCAAUUCACGUUGAAUUCGCGUCUCGUCGUUGCCGGCACCGGUCACAACCGCGACAUGCUCAGCUACGAAGAGGGUGCGCCGCCGGGCUGGCAGACUGCGUAUGGCGUUGAGGUGCGCAUUCCGAACCACGGUUUUCCCGUGAACAAGGCCGUGUUCAUGGAUUUUCGUCAAAGCGAUCCGGAGGCGAUGAAAGAGGAACAAGACGAGGGCGUUUGGCGCGUGCCGUCUUUCCUUUACGUGUUACCCGUGGACAAGGAUGUGGUGUUCGUCGAGGAGACGUGCCUCGUCGCGCGCGUACAAGUGCCGUUCGAUGAACUCAAACGGCGAUUGUAUCGUCGUAUGAAGCGGAUGGGUAUGGAAAUCGUCGAAGAAGACAUCUUGGAAGUCGAGGCGAGUUGGAUUCCACUGGGCGGUACCCCGCCGGUUGCCCCGCAACGCACCAUCGCGUACGGUGCAGCAGCCGGCAUGGUCCACCCUGCGUCUGGCUACUCCGUCGUAAACAGUAUUAGCAAAGCUCCGCGUGUUGCGACGGCCAUGGCCGAAGGCUUGAAGGAGGGUGGCGAGAUUGAGGCGAGCCGAAGAGCGUGGGAAAUCCUUUGGGGUGCGGAGCCACGAAGACAAAUCGGUUUCUACCAGUUCGGUAUGGAGCUUCUCAUGUCGCUUCGCAUCGAGCAGAUGCGCAACUUCUUUAGUACCUUCUUUGCGCUUCCAACAAAUCUGAGCAGAGGAUUUUUGGGUAACAGAUUGUCGAGCUCAGAGUUGAUCAUGUUUGCUCUCACUACGUUCGCAAUUGGUAACAACGAACUUCGUGGGUUGUUGCUCGCUCACCUGGUUUCA